GUGUAGUACACGGAGAACUGGCAGGAUCAAAAAAUUGGAGUAGAGUGGGGAAAAUGUUGCAGUGAGAAUGAUGUCUUCCAUGCGAGCUACGCCUCCCUUCCACCCACCAUCUGAGGAAGAGGAGGCGAUGGGUCAGGACAUGGCGGCCUGGGCCAGCGACAAGCGAGAGGGCCCGAAGGAGAGCCUGUCCCCGCCUCUGCACGACCAACCCCAACCUGACGAGCUGCAGCCAAUCAGAGAGAAGCUGACGGAUGCUGAGUGGGAGAGCGUGGUGCCUGCUGCGAUGGACAACGAAAGCAGUAAAGGCUGCUCGGUCUACUCCUACCGGACUAACUCUACCUCUCCAACCAAGCCAGAGGAGUGCUCCAGGGAUCGCGGCGAGCCCAUGAUCGGCCUCACCUUUGGGACGCCGGAGCGCCGCAAAGGAAGCCUGGCGGACGUGGUGGACACACUGAAACAGAAGAAACUAGUGGAGCUGACCAAGACGGAGCAAGACGCUAAAAUGACUGCUGCAGCUGUUUGAAAAUGUCUGGAGUGCAGCUGAAAUCCAUUAUUGAACUGAUGUUGGACCUACAACAAAGACGGCAGAGCGACGAGAACAGGGCUCGUCUGACUGUCAACAGCGUGCCUGUCAUCAGGUUGUUAUGUGCUAACAGAAAAGUAGAAGAAUCAAUAAAUCUUCAAACUACUGAAGCCACUGAUCAGAUAUGAAUUCACUCACAGUUAAAGCUUCUGUGGGGAAGUUUUAGCUGAUAAUGAAAUGAAUCCUGAUGCCUGUCUUUGACCUACAAAAGCAAACAAGACCGUCAA